UGGCGGUAGCACGUAGCACGUUUUUAAGCCUUAAGUGGGCAAUCGUUGACACCUCAAUCACGAUUAUUCAAAACGCAUAUAUCCGCGUCAGAUACAGAUGCCACUCGGGGUCUGAUGUCUCGCAGUGUUUCCGGUGUCGUCCGGCAAUCGUUCAACUAGGAAGUGGCUCAGUGACUAUCCCAUCCUAUCCGUCGGAAAACCUACUCGAAAGGAUACUCGACUCUUCCGAUGAAGUUGUCCGUGCACCGGGUGUGAUCAGUGAUGAUGUUGGGGUUCUGUACCAAGACGAAGUAUCCGUGCUGGGACACUAGAUGUUAGCCAGGCAGAAUUUCCAUUUCUCCUCGCCGGGAAACUCAACCAUGAUGCCUCUGGCACCGACACCAAUAGUGGCAGUGCCUUCGAAACCAAAGAUCGGAUUCUCUAUUGACUCUAUAGUUGGAGGUGCUAGCCAGGGCAGUCCCCCGCACUCCCCCGUGCAUUACUCUGAGAGUUCCGCGCCCCUUUCCCCAAGUAGUGACGCGGAAAAUAGACUUAAUGGCUCGCCCAAGCAGUUCUCGCCCCAAAGAUCGCCCGUGGGGUCGCCCAAACCCCCGAUUAUGGUGCCGGGGAUCCCCGCUCACACCCUGGUGCGACCGAAUCCUACCUACGACCCCAACUUGGUGCCCAAGAACGGGUUCCUGCAGCCCGAGAUGAUGCACAAUCACGGACAGCACCCCUUCGCUUUGGCGGCGCACUUCCAAGGUGCUGCGUUGGCAGCGGCGUUAAGUUCCGGUCAGCAUGGGUUUCCUGGACAGCCGUCGCCGCUUGCUCAACACACGCAACCUAGAGACAGUUAUCCCUUGUAUCCGUGGCUGCUGUCCAGGCACGGGAGGAUAUUUCCGCACAGGUUUCCAGGAGGACCUGACAUCCCAGGGUUUCUGCUUCAACCCUUCAGAAAACCAAAGAGGAUAAGGACGGCCUUCAGUCCGUCUCAAUUGCUGAAGCUAGAGCACGCUUUCGAGAAGAACCACUACGUCGUAGGAGCCGAGAGGAAGCAGUUGGCGCAGUCGCUGUCACUGACAGAAACGCAGGUGAAGGUGUGGUUCCAAAACAGGCGGACGAAGCACAAACGCAUGCAGCAGGAGGAGGAGGCGAAAACCAGCAACCCCAGCAACAAGUCCAACUCGCCGAGCUCCCAGACCAACGCGCACCACGUCAACAAAUGGAAGGAGGAGACGUCGGACGAGUACGGCGAGUACAUCGACAUGGACAUGGAGGAGGACUGCGUCAGCGACGUGGAAAGUGAAUCGUAAACCUGAUCUCUGUAAAUACGUUUCCUGUGCAAAUAUUCAAAAGUCGGACGAAUGUGAUGAAGUUCGGCGCGCUCGCAAUAUCCACCCCCCGACAGAGACGUUGAACAGUGCCAACAAUUUUCGUGCCAAACUUUCCUGUUAUAGUGCCAACGUUAAGAGUAAAAAGUCCUGUUGUUAUAUUCGUAGAAGAAAAUUUCAAUUGUGUAUAUACGAGUUAUUUAUUUGAGUUAUACAAAAUUUUAUAUUUAUUUGCCUGUGUACAUAAUUAGGUAUUACGUUUGAAGUAUUAUUAUUCCGAGUCAGGAUGUAGAUGUGCUAAAAUACCCCUAUUCCUUUGCAGUACUUAACUACUAUGAAUUACUUGUGUUUCUGUGAUGUCUGUAUAUAUUUUUUUAUUAUUUUAACAUAUCUACAAUUUUAUAUAAUAAUAAAUGUGAGUGUGUAUAUCUGUUUAUUGAUAUGCAUUUUUUACUUGUACAUUUGUAAAAGUAAUUACGCGCGGUUUUCACCACCAGGAUCCUAAUCGGUGCGGGGAAACCGUCUUAAAGUACUUAAAAUUGUAGAAACUGCAACAUAUGUUGAGUAUCAUGUACUUAAAACUUGUAAAGAAUAUGAAAAUAUA